AUGGAGAUGGCAGGGAUCCAUCCUGAUACUUAUACUUACACUACUUUAAUGGAUGCUUAUUGUAAAUAUGGAGAGAUGGUCAAGGCACAUGAGCUUCUCGGUGAGAUGUUAGAUAGAGAGCUUCAACCAACUGUUUUUAUUAAGAGGAAGAAGUAUCUAGAGGCAAGGGAUCUGUUCAAAGAGAUGAGGAAAGAGGGCUUGGUUGCUGAUAGAGAAUUCUAUUAUACUUUCAUUGAUAUGACCUUUGACGAAGGGAACACCGAUAUGACUCUUGAGCUUUGUGAUGAAGCAAUAGAGAAGUGUCUCGUGGAUGAGACCAAUAAUGGGAACUAA